AUGAAGAUUCUAACUGAAGAAGAAAUUGAAACGCACUACCAUCACACCCUUACAGGUGGUAUCAAGGGUGCCGCUGCCGGUAUUAUAAUUUCGGGACUAUUGUUCAAAUUUGCACCAAUGAGAUUUCCAAAAUUUAACCCUGCCAAGAUGCCAUGGUCAAUGAAGACCGCGAUUUUCAUCACGCCUCCAACGCUGUUGAUGUCGAUUUGUGCGGAAGAAGCGUCCACCAACUUUGACAACAUGAUGUACGGCGCGGGAUCGUCGUCUGUGGACGCGAUCGAAGAGCACAAACGUUGGAAGAACUUGUCGUUGCAACAGAAAGUCGUAGAGGGGCUCAGCAACAACAAGUACAAGGUUAUCGUGGCUGCGUGGGCCGCGUCCAUGUGGGGGUCGUGGAAAUUCGUGGACAGGGACCCUAUUAUGACCAAGACCCAAAAAGCGGUGCAGGCAAGAAUGUACGCCCAGAGUAUCACUGUUCUUUUGUUGCUCGGGUCCAUUGGUUUGUCCAUGUACGAAGAGAAGCUUCACCCAGAUGCGCGAAAACUUGAAAGAGCUCACCGUUGGGAGAAGAUCCUCAAGCAGGCCGAAGAAGAGGAGGCCAGGAUCGAGCAGUCGGGCUCCAGAAGCAACGAGGACAGAGUUAAAUCCAAGAUCUUCAAGUACGAGUGA